AUGAAAUGGAUGGGAUUAAUGAUGAUGUUUCAUACGAAAAGAGAUCGAGGACGUAGUGUUGGUAAUCUUGGAUUGACUCAAUGUACACAAAGUAAUAUCGAUCUUGAAGCAGAGAAUUGUAAACCAAGAGCUUAUACAGGUCCAAUUGUCGCUCAAGAUGAUGGAAAUGGUGAUCAAUCGACGGAUACAGAAGAUGCUCAGCACUUUUUUCCAGAUCAUGAUGGACUAUUCAGGACUAUAACAACUACGUCUGAUACUUCAUUAGAGCUAGGGAAUAGCGAGAAGAAUGAACCCGUUGAUUGGGGACUUUGUGGAAAUGAAGAUACAAUGUUCAAGUACGACGGCGUAGAAGAAGCUAUAAAGCCAGUGUUAUUAGAUACAGAGUUGCUGGAUUCACGUAAAGAAACAAAGACGUUGGCUAGUGACCAGUUUUUAUUUGAUGAAGCAGGUGCGAGUAGAUUUGGAGCAGUGGUUGUGAAAAAUGCUGGAAAAGAUGAAGAAGAAGAUGACGAAGUUGAGUUUGUGGACGAAGAUUUUGCGGCGCGGGAAGCGCACAAGGAGAAGGAAAAGAACAUGAAGCGACGGGCGCAGAAGCUUGAGUCCAACAAAGAUUUGUACGCCGAGAUGGCGGCAGCAAGACUUGCUGAUAUGCGCAAGGACGCGCGUUAUCGGAAAAAGCGUCACAGCCACAAUCAUACUCGCUCGUUCGCUGGCAGUGACGAGAGCGACAUCGAAAUCUACGAUGAAGACGAGUCAGAGGUUGUAGGAGAAGAAGUUGAGGGCGAGCUAGAAGAUACGCAUCAGCGCCGCAGCAGCUUGCGUAGUCGGCGCAGCUCCAGGAGCCACAAAAAGAGUUUUUUAAGCAAUAGCGAUAAGGCUGGCAGUGUGCAGAAUGGAUACGCAAGUGAGGAUGAAGAAGAAGUAGAGGAGGAGGAGGACGAGGAGGCAGUACCUUCUGCUGCAGACAUUCCUAUACAAAUGGAUGAAGUUGGGAGUACACAGACUGAAAGAACCGACGCUAGUACUGCAGAGGCCAAAGAACUGCGCCAGCUGAAGAAGAAGUAUCGUGCUGAACGUCGUGCAAAGAAGCGUCUGAUGAGAGAAAAGGAGGAGGAGGAACGCACGGCUUUGGAGGCAGCUGAGCUUGCACGGGCCCACCGUGACAAGCAGCGAGCUCGUGAAGAGACUAAGGCUCGUGAAGAGCAGGAAAAGCGUGACAAGAAGCAGCGCCGAGAAAUGAAGGAGAAACUAAAACGUGAAAAGGCCAAGCAGCGUCAGGCUAAGGCUGAAUUCCGAAAGCUGCUAGAGUUAAAACAGGCAGAGGAGGAGCGUCGUGAGCGCGAAUGGAUGGAGAAGAAGGAAAAGAAGGAGAAAAAGAAGUCAAAGAAAAAAGAAAAGUACACUUUGCCUGCUGAACGCAUUCACCGAAAGGAAGAGCGAGAAGCCGAGCACGCUGUUGUCGCGAACGAAGCUGAAGCUGAGAUCUCGAACGCACUGGUUAUUGUAGAAAAGCCAGCAGAUACGAAAACAGUCCAGCAGCCGGCAGUCCUCAGGCCCACUCCGGCAUCGGCCGUUGUGUCACCUUCGACCAUUAUAACUGGAGCUGCCCCGACACAACAGGUUACCUUCGCAUCUGCACCAUGCGCUGUCCUGACUCCUUCUCCUGAACCUGAUACUGCUGUCGCUUCUGUUUCUGCUACUGGACGUGUUGAAGGUGCAGCCGCCUCCGCGCAAGCAAUGCCGGUACCGAUGUACCAUAUGUCUCCGCCACCUUCUGUGCCAUCAUAUUCAACUGGUCCGCAUAACAUGCCGGCUUACGGUCUAGCAGCCACCUUCGGUGCUUAUCCUCCGUUUUACCUUGCUCCGUACAGCUACGGAGGACCCACGGGAUUGCAACCUACAUUCAUGCGUCCGAACAUGGGAUUUGUGGCUGGACUGAGCGCGAUGAAUUCGUUCGGCACUAUUGCUGGCCCGGCACCGGCGCCAUUCAUCCAGAAUCCAGCUGAGCCUAUGAUUGGUCCGCAACUGCCUGAUUUGAAGGAGAAUGCUCAAGCCUCAUUGUCAGGCGCAAGACCACCUUCCUUUCCAUCAUUCACCUCAUCACCUGACAAGUCGACCGGCCCAAAGCUGGCAAAUCUGCCAGAGUUGCCUGACGUGAUUGAGUUUUAG